AACCAGGAGGCCUCGGACUUUUUAUAUGACAGGCAACAGCAACCCUUGUGUGUUCUGAAAGGUCACCAAUGCUCUCUUCCAAGGAUCAUAAAGGUCGCGGCCACAGCGAAGAUCGAGAUUUCCCUACAAAACCCUUCGGGCUGCUUUGAUAUUCCACGGUUCGAUACUGAUAGCUUCACAGUCUGUUACAAAAACGUGUCGAACGUGGCAGUUCGCCUCUCAAGAAAUGAUACAAAAGAGCAGCGAUUCGCACUGCUACUGAAUUGCCAUUAUGACAGUUGGCCUGUUAGCAGCGGCGGAUCUGACGAUUUGGCUUCAUGUGCUAUAAUGUUAGAACUACUCCGUCUACUGUCUCAAAAAAUGAACGUACUCAAGCACGACGUCAUUUUUCUCUUCAACGGUGCAGAAGAGUCAAGCUUGCAAGGCGCGCACGGUUUCAUCACUCAACAUCCAUGGCGUCACCUAAUACGGGCCUUCAUAAAUCUUGAAGCAAGUGGUAGUGGUGGUAGAGAGCUCCUCUUUCAAGCCGGUCCUGCUAAUCAAUGGUUACUGAAUUCUUACUUGGAGAGUGCAACCCACCCUUACUGCUCUAUCAUUGCUCAGGAAGUAUUCCAGAGUGGAUUGUUCCCGGGCGAGACAGAUUUUCGCGUAUUUCGAGACUACGGAAGAAUACCGGGUUUGGAUUUGGCAUUUGUUCAUAACGGUUACUGGUGGCAUACAGAAUUUGAUGAAGGGAGACGGAUCGCUAUAGGGUCCAUACAACGUGCUGGUGAUAAUGUGUACGCCACAGUGUUACAUCUACUCCAAUCACCGUACUUGAGCAAUCCGGGUGGGAACGCUGACCAGAAAUAUGUUUUCUUCGACUUUCUUGGUAAGUUUCUUAUUGUUAUAAAUGGGAUCUAUCUGUUAGAGCUAAGGUCGAAGCAAGAGUUGUUCGUCACAGGAACCAAUUCCUCUAGCACGGACCAUCUCAGAUGUCAGUCUUUUACGAGUGUGGAGGACACUCUUUUCUUUGGAGCGGCUGCGGUUGGUCUCCAAGUCCAAUACCUACACCACUCGGCCAUGGUUUCGCAGUUAAGGAGACUUGGGAGGGGCGACUAUACCCACAAAACACGUGGAACAGAUAAGCCAUUUGAUAGCCGAGUCCUGUAA